AUAAGACGUUGUAUACUGAGCAUGGAGAAAGUGUUUUGAGGAGGAGAGAGAAAGAGGCUAUAUAAGACAUACAAACCGUGUUUAAGAAACUUAGUGUCGUGAGAGUGUGAUCAAUAAACAGAAUGGAAAUGUGGUUCAUCUUUUUGGUGGGCCUUAUUGGUCAAGGUCUAGCAACACAAGUAAAUUAUCAAACAUUAUCUUCGGGACAUUCAUCAUCCGCUUCAUCCAAUGAACAACAAUGGUCCUGGCAAGAGGAUCAAGCAGCCGCUCCUUCAAAUCAAGAAGAAUCUUUUCAUCCUGUCAGUUUCUCUGCCGCUGAUGCAGUUCCAUCAUUUCAAGUCGAACAAGAGCAACAUCAAGUAUACGAAAUUGGCUCCAAUAAUUCUAAUGAUCCUUCGGAUCUUUCCACACAACACGUGGAAACAGUAGUCGAAGAUAUUUUAACUUCAAAUCGUCAAGGAAGAAAUCUUGAUGGUUACGAUGAGGUCUAUUCAGAUCCAAAUGUGAAAAAUGCUCUUCAACAGGGAAACGAUUCAAUUGCCCGAUCUUAUAUUCGUGAUAAACUCUGCUCCCUUGGCCUCAUGAGAUGUGACGAUGUAGAAGGUAGACGACCUUUUUAUUCACCCCAUCGUGAUAUUCAUCCGCAAGAAGUAAUUUACGCACAGCCAGUAACAAUAAAACCAGUUGGUCAACCACUUCCUGCAAUUCCAGUGAAAAGACCCCCAAUUUAUGGACCACCAAAACCAGGACCAUAUCCACCAGGUUUUGGCACAGGACCAAUUUAUUCAAAACCAGGAUUUGCCGGAGCACGGCCACCUCCAUUUGUUGGUCCAUAUCCAUCUUAUAAAAAGCCUGGUUUCAUUGCUGGAUCAAAACCAGUUUAUGAAGCUGGUAUCGAGAGUGAUAUUGACUAUGAGGACAAGUUCAUUGAAAAGAAACAGGUGCUCGUAAAUCAGGGUACUGGAGUUCAACAGCACGUACAUCAUCAUUAUGUUCAUGGUGAUGGUGUAGUCGAUAAGGGGCCAAUUAUCCUUGGUGGAACAGCUGGUGUCACUUCAGGAAAUGGUUAUGGCUACGGAAAUGGUGGCACUUAUGGAAAUAAUUUCGAGGACUUCAAGAAAACAUUUAACACCAAGGGACCAUCAACUGGAAACAAUCUUUUGGGCGCUGCUUCAAAUAAUUAUGCCGAUAGAUAUCCAGUUUAUGAGAGGCCAAAACCUAAUUCAUUGCAAAAUGGUCAAAAGAAUUUUGAAUCUGGAAAGGUACUCAACUCGGGAUUUUCAUCAAACAGCGGCUUUGUCAAUAAUAAUAAUAAUAAUAACAACUUUGGAGCCAAUUCCUUUGGACCGAACGGUUUAGGAUCAAACGGAUUAGGAGCUAAUGGAUUAGGAGCAAACGGAUUUGGAUCAAACGGAUUAGGAGCAAACGGAUUUGGAUCAAAUGGGUUAGGUGCUAAUGGAUUAGGAGCAAACGGAUUUGGAUCAAAUGGGUUAGGAGCUAAUGGAUUAGGAGCCAACGGAUUUGGAUCGAAUGGACUAGGAGCAAACGGAUUUGGUUCGAACAAUUUUGAAACAGGUUUUGAUGGUGGAUUUGGAUCGAAUAAUUAUGACAAUUGCGUGUGCGUUCCAUUUGAUCAGUGCUCGACUCUUAAUCAGGCUGGACGAAAGGAUGAUCUUUAUCUUGCGAUUGAUCCUCGUAGUCUUGGAAAAAAUAUUGAAGCUGAGACAUUUAUUGAUGUUGAUGCAAACAGUACCAGCGUUAUUCGAGUUGCGAAAGGAGUUAAUACAACUGAAGAAGCUAAAGAGACAAAAACAUUGAAAGAAGAAGAGGAAAAUAAGGAAAGGACCAAGAGGGAUACAAAGCAAAUCGACGCUAUUAGUGACAAGAAAUCUGAAGCCCAAAGUCGUUUAAUAGGCGGUAAACUGGACACAUCAAAAUUGAAUCUGAUGCCAACCUGGGGCGUGAGCUUUGGUCUACCUCAAUCUGGAGGAGGUUAUCCAAUCAAUUCCUAUGGCGGUAAUCCAUUGAUAAAUCCAUAUCCUGGCUAUGGUAGCGGAGGUCAGGGCAUCAAUCUGGGUCUGGUUUCGGUGAAUCCAUUGGUAUCUGUUCAGGUGACAAAAGAUGACUACGGUGAGAAGGUGAUAAAGCCAUUUGUGAAUCUUCAUGUGACACCUAAUCAUGGAUUGGUCAACAAAUUCACUCAUUUAUUAUCACAAAAGAAGCAUUUAUUGCAUGGUGGCAAUAAUUAUGCACCAAAUUAUUAUCCAAAUUAUCGACCACAACACAAUUAUCAUGAUCAUCAUCAUUAUUAUCAUCAUCAACAACAACAACAACAAAAGCCAUAUGGAUAUGGAUAUCCUGGUUAUUAUAGAGAUGAUUAUGAUGAAGAUAAUUUUGGUGACUAUGGGAACUAUGAUGGCUAUUAUCGAAAUGCUAGAACAAAUGAUUCUAUUGAAAGCACAAGAGAUAGUGAUUAUGAAUCAGAUGGAUAUAAUGAUUAUCGUAGUAGGGAAAAUCAAAAAAAUGAAGGUGACGGUGGAAAAAUUGCUUUUCCAUCAAGAAGGAGGAGGGAUGUUGAGGAGAGACAAUUUGGAAGACCACCUGCAUGUGGACCACGUCAGGUGUGCUGCCCGCGGGCAAAUAUUAUUGGUCGUCCUUCCGGAAAACUCGGUCAGUGUGGAGUAAGAAACAGUCAAGGGAUCAAUGGUCGUAUAAAGAAUCCCGUUUAUGUUGAUGGUGAUUCGGAAUUCGGUGAAUAUCCAUGGCAAGUAGCAAUUUUAAAGAAAGAUCCAUCUGAAAGUGUCUACGUUUGUGGUGGAACUUUAAUUUCGUCUCGUCACAUUUUAACAGCUGCACAUUGUGUUAAAACUCAUGCAGGACGAGAUCUUCGUGCUCGCCUUGGCGAAUGGGAUGUAAAUCAUGAUGUUGAAUUUUUCCCUUACAUUGAAAGAGAUGUGGUGAGCGUUUAUGUGCAUCCUGAAUUUUACGCUGGAACACUCUACAAUGAUUUGGCAAUUUUAAAAAUUGAUCAUGAUAUUAAUUUUGAGAAAAAUCCUCACAUUAGUCCAGCAUGUCUUCCAGAGAAAUUUGAAGAUUUCACUGGCAAUCGUUGUUGGACCACUGGAUGGGGUAAAGAUGCUUUUGGCGAUUUUGGAAAAUAUCAAAAUAUCCUAAAGGAAGUGGACGUUCCUGUAAUCAGCAAUCCAAUUUGUGAGAAUCAAAUGAGAAAAACGAGAUUGGGACCAAGUUUCAAUUUGCAUCCAGGAUUUAUUUGUGCUGGUGGUGAAGAGGGAAAAGACGCUUGCAAAGGUGAUGGCGGUGGUCCCAUGGUUUGUGAAAAACAUGGAAAAUGGCAAUUGUCCGGUGUUGUUUCCUGGGGAAUUGGUUGUGGUCAAGCUGGAGUUCCUGGAGUUUAUUCUCGAGUUUCUUACUAUCUUGAUUGGAUCAAUCAAGUCGUUAAUCAGUUUUAAGAAAAAAAAAACAACUUCACGCUUCAAUAAGAUAUUCAGAAAAAAUUAAAACUAAGAUUUUUUUUUCAUUAAUUUAUUUUUUCAUUUAUUAAUUUUUUUGUUCUGAAUAUCAAAUUUGAUCUGUUUUUAUACUAUAUAUUUUCAAGCAUCGUAAUAUUUUAUUUAUUUAAAAGUAUAUUGUGAUAUACUUGAGUUAUUUUAAGCGAUUCAUUUUAAUAUAUGUAAAUAGCAUUUCGUAUUUCGAUCGCUAAACAUUUAGAUAUAGUUAAUGUUUAUAAUGUAUUUGAGAUUUGCUUCUAAGUUACAAAUUAUGUUAAAGAUUCGGUUGCUUAGUCAUCCGGAACGUUCAGUAAUGCAUUUUCCUUGCAAUGUUUCUUAAUUAUAUAUAUGGACCAAUAAAUUUAUUUAAAAUCAUAAAA